AUGAUCAAUCAAACCACAAAUUUAUUCAGCUAAUUAGCUAAUCAAUAUUUAAAAGGUCAGAUCCAGAAAUCCAAAGGUUGUUCAUAGUACAUUUGUUAAUAUAUAUAGAAGAUAUGUUGAUAAUGAAUAUGAAAGAAGAGUAUUAGAAUUGUCCAAUCAAGUUUUAUCUUUAAUAUGUGAAUAUGGAACGAGUCCUUAUCCAAGAAAUUCAAAUAAUUAUUUCCAUAAUGGUUUAUUAUGAUAAAUGAUUAUAAUUCUGAAGUAUAAUUCAUUCAUUAAUUAGAUUUCAACAGCUGCUAUGAAUGCUUUUCAAAUAGCAUUUUCGACUAAAGAAAAAUAAACAUAAGCUAUUAAAAUGUGAAGUGAUUAAUAUAUAGUUGAUUUAAAGUUAUACCUAUCCCUAUCUAUAGCUAUAUCAAAUAAGAAUCAAAUUUAGAAGAUGAAAAAGUUGAUCAUAUUUAUGAGAGGUUAAAAGUAUCAGCAAUUAAUUCAAUUAAAACUGCUAUAUAAUGGAAUCCUGACAAUGAUUUUAUUGAAUAAAUUAUGAAACUACUUGAUUUUACAAAUAAAACAACUAUCAUAGUAGGAUUACUUAAUACUUAAAAAACAAGAAUAGUAGCAACUAUUAUUGAAGCACUUCAUUAUUUAUUGUCUAAUAAUUUUUCGACUCCAUUUGUUCUUCAUAAAAGUGAUCAAUUACUUAAAAAAACAGUUAAAUUAUUUGAAUAAAAAGAUCGUUUAAUCAUAAGUGCAUUAUGGAAAGGAUUUGUAACGAAAUUGUUUUAAAAAGUUUAAUAGGAUUAAAUCAUAAAACUUUAAGGUCUAUAAAAUAAUUCAUUAGAAUUAAUAUCUAAAGCUGGUUUUGGUGUUGGAAAAUUAUUGUAUGAUUGA